UCCCAGUACUGAGACCCGGAAUUUGGUCCCGGGGGAGGAUCCGGGUGGGGAUCCCGGUUUGGGAUCCUGCUGGGGGGCCUGGAUUUGGGUCCCGGUGCCAGAUCCCGGUACUGAGACCCGGAAUUUGGUCCCGGGGGGAGAAUCCCGGUGGGGAUCCCGGUUUGGGGUCGCGCUUUGGGAUUCCGGGACAGAAUCCCGGCGUGGGGACCCUCUCUGGGGUCCCGGUAGCAAAUCCCCCUUUGGGGUCCCCCUUUGGGGUCCCGCUUUGGGGUCCCGCUGCGAUCUCCGCCCGUUCCCCUUGCUCCGCCCGACGCCGUUCGGCUGCCGGUAACGGGGCCGGGGGCCACCGGGAGCGGGGCAGGGGAAAGGGAAGGGGAAGCGGCGGCCGCUCGGCUCCGUUUCACCGACCCCAAUCACCGGGGGAGGGAAAGAGGGGUGUGGGGGGGGUUCCCCGGGGGUCCCGACGACCGAGGGGCGGUGCCCGGGCACCGGGCGCGGCUGCGCAGAGCCCGGGCGGCGGCGGGAGGCAGCGCUCGGCGGGGCCGGCACCGGCACCGGGACCGGAGGUCUCCCCGCAGGUCUCCGCCGGGCGCCGCGUCCUGGCGGCGCUGAGCUCGGCGGGCGGGCGGGCAGCCAUGGGGAGCAUCUACAAGGAGUACUUCAACACGGAGAAGAUCCGGGAGCACUACAACUUCACCAAGGAGGACUCGGAGAGCUCGCCCAGCACCUCGCGGUGGGCGGUCUCCAUCCUCAUCGUCGUGCUGUGCUGCUUCAUCGUGCUGGAGAACCUGCUGGUGCUCAUCUCCGUCUGCCGCAACAAGAAGUUCCACUCGGCCAUGUACAUCUUCAUCGGGAACCUGGCCUUCUCCGACCUGCUGGCCGGCUUGGCCUUCAUGGCCAACAUCCUGCUCUCCGGGGCCACCACCUUCCACCUGACGCCGGUGCAGUGGUUCGUGCGGGAGGGCACGGCCUUCGCCACGCUGGCCGCCUCCGUCUUCAGCCUGUUGGCCAUCGCCAUCGAGCGCCACGUGGCCAUCACCAAGGUGAAGGUCUACAGCAGCGACAAGAACUGCCGCAUGGUGCUGCUCAUCGGCGCGUGCUGGGUGAUCGCCGCCGCCAUCGGCAGCUUGCCCAUCAUGGGCUGGAACUGCAUGAGCGACCUGCACGACUGCUCCACCGUCCUGCCCCUCUACUCCAAGCGCUACAUCCUCUUCGUCAUCACCAUCUUCACCCUCAUCCUCCUCACCAUCGUGGGGCUCUACAGCCGCAUCUACUGCAUCGUGCGCUCCAGCCACGCCGAGAUCGCCAGCGCCCAGACCCUGGCCCUGCUCAAGACGGUCACCAUCGUCCUGGGCGCCUUCAUCGUCUGCUGGCUGCCGGCCUUCAUCAUCCUCCUCAUGGACGCCUCCUGCCCCGUCCGGGCGUGCCGGAUCCUCUACAAGGCGAACUAUUUCUUCGCCUUCGCCACCCUCAACUCGGCCGCCAACCCCAUCAUCUACACGCUGCGCAGCAAGGACAUGCGCCGGGAGUUCCUGCGGGUGCUGUGCUGCUGCGGGGCCGGCCGGGGGAGCGAGCCCCCGGGGCGCUGCAUGCUGCCGCUGCGCAGCUCCAGCUCGCUGGAGCGCUGCACCCAGAAGAACGAGCUGCCCACCUCGCCCAUCACCCGCGAGUGCACCACCUCCGUCUGAGGGGUCCCAUGGAUGCCACGUGGAUGCCCCAUGGGCACGUCACAGAUGUUCCAUGGACACCC